CAAUAGUCAAACGAUCGUGUUGGUUCCGUUAGGUGGCUAAUUCCUUGAGUAACUUCAAAUUGAGUACACCAUCUGUUCGUCACCCUUUCUUACUUUUGGCCUGCUAGAUUUGUGCAGUUUUCUCGUCCAAUACUGGUCUUAGUGGUACUUUUUUCCUUGUUUUCAAUAGAUUUUAACUUUACUGAAAAAACUAUUAGUUGGAGAGGAACUUUGUUUCGUAUUCUACACAAGUGGCCAUUUGAUUAUCAGAGAAAUUUGAUGAUUGAAAUGUCAUCUUCGAAACUUUUUUUUCCUGAUCUACAGCCGAUUGCUCAAUAUAACACCUGUUACGUUGAAAAAUCGGUCAUUUUCCGAAAGGUCACUUUAGUUUCAACCAAAUUUAAUGAACCGUAGACAGAUUAAGCAUUCGAUUUAUUUAAGCCAUGGUUCAUUAGUCAUUCCGCUUUUUAAGGCAUGUUUGGCAGUUUUGUUGCGAACAAUUUGUUUACCAAUAAUCGAUCACGGUAUUUCUGAUCUCUUAAUUUUUUGGAGAGAUGAGACCAGGGUACGUUUUUUCUGUUAUUUUUGCCCAAUUCUGGGUAUCUGUCUUGAGCAGAAGUCAAGAGAGGAAACAACACCGUCCUCUCGUAUUAAUACAUGGGGUGACUGCUAGUUAUACUCAGUUUGACACUUUGAAACAGUAUGUCAAUGAAGAUUAUCCUGAAAUGAAGGUGUUCGCCCUGGACGGCAACUUCAACGAUGACCUCUCUGUGCUUUCUCUGCUGGAACAAGUGCCCGGCUUCUCCUCUCUCCUCUUUAACAUCACAUCCACCUAUGGUGACGUCACUCUCCUCGGCUUCUCCCAGGGGGGCAUUGUGUCCAGGGGUGUGGUGCAGAUGAGUGACAACGACAACAUUCACACCUUCAUAUCCCUAUCCGCGCCGGGGUUUGGCGAGUAUGGCAUCCCGCCUGAUCUGCCCUUCCCCUUCUACACAAAACACCUGACGAAGGAGGAAGUGUACCACAUCUGUUACAGAAACCUGGGCCAGACGAUUUCGGUGUGCAACUACUGGACAGAUCCGACUGAGAGGGAGAAAUACCUGAAGUACAACUACUAUUUACCACCUCUAAACAACGAACUCCCCCACGCAUCUGCACAAAGAUACAAAGAGAAUUUUCUGAAGCUGAAGAAACUAGUGCUAGUCGGGGGUCCCGAUGACGGAACCAUAAUCCCGUGGCAGUCGGCUCAUUACACCUUCUACGACAAGAACCUCACCGUCCUGCCCUACUACAACCAACCCACCUAUAUCCAAGACUCAUACGGGUUGAGGACUCUGAAUGAAAGGGGAGGGGUGGAUGUUCACAUGAUGCCGGGUGUCGAGCAUACGCAGUGGAUUCAAAACCGAACUGUUUACGAGACGGUCAUCAAACCUUAUUUGGUUUAAAAACAACAACACGCUCUGUUUUUAUUCAAACAUUAAAUUGCAAUUAUUGACAGAUGAAGCGUACUUGAUGGUGUUUCUGCGUUUGAGUUUUCAAAGCUAUUUGUUUUUCUUCAAAUUAG